AAAGAUCUUGACCUGCUGUUGAAUCUGCUAUUUGUCCUUCCAAAAAAAAAAAAAAAAGGAUCUGCUAUUUGUAACCGCUAGUCAUCAAAAUCUUCCCACCAUAUUUGAUAUUUCCCCUCCUUCAAAUACAUCUUUUAGGAGUAAUAAUAAACAGUCAUCGAAGAAAGUUAAAAUGUCAAACGACCCUUCUACUGAAAACCCUGUAGCAGCCAUAGCAACUCAAGGUCAAGGGCAAUUCAAUUCGCACAUCACUGGAGACAACAAGUCUUACCCCAAAGCAGAAGCCGAGUACGGGGAAAUUGUUCAGAACCCUGAUGUUUUCUUGCAAAAGCUUCAAUCUUUUCACUCAUUAUUUGGUACCAAGUUUAAGGUCCCUAGACUUGGAGGCAGUUCCCUGGAUCUACAUCACCUCUUUGUGCAGGUAACAUCUCGAGGUGGCAUUGAGAAGGUUAUAAGAGAUCGCAGAUGGAAGGAAGUUACUGGAGCCUUCAGGUUUCCAUCUUCUAUAACAAGUGCAUCAUUUGUCUUGCGGAAGUACUAUUUAUCCUUGCUCUAUCACUUUGAGCAGGUUUAUUACUUUCGGAAAGAAGAGCCUUCUACUUCAGUUGCAGAUUCAGCAAGUAGAUUUGUCAAUGGGUCAGCAGCUUCACAAGCUUCUGUAGAUAUUGCCACGGUUAAUCAGUAUUCAGAGAUUGCUAACUUGGAGGCUGGCAGUUUAGUGACUGGAACAAUUGAUUCUAAGUGUGAUUAUGGGUACAUAAUUUCUGUGGAUUUGGGCUCCGAAAAGUUGAAGGGUGUCCUUUAUCAUAUACCUGAAGUGCCACAGAUGUCUCAGAGGUCUAAAACUCAGUCUGGACAUACCCGACGAAGGCGCAGAAAACAUCAACUGGCUCUGGAUCCCUCUCGACCCAAACCGAACAGGAGUGGAUACAAUUUCUUUUUCGCUGAGCAUUACAACAGGCUAAAGCCUUCAUACCAUGGGCAAGAAAGAGCUAUUAGCAAAAGAAUCGGAGUUCUGUGGGGAAGACUCUCAGAGGCUGAGAAACAGGUAUAUCAGCAAAGAGGUUUGAGAGAUAAGGAGAGAUACCGGAGCGAGAUGCAGGAAUAUAAUGCAUCACACCUUUAAAAUAAGCGUAAUGGGCUAAGUUGUAGGCAUUUAUUAGAACCACUCACCUGAUGUCAAUGCUUCUGUUAGCUUAUUGCUGAUAUUGUGCAGUAGACUUUUCUAGUUCUCCAGGGAGGUGUUGAAUUGUUUAGCAUGAUGAUCUGGGGAUGUACUGAGGCUGGAAAUUAAUAGCUAGAUUUAAUACAGGGUAUGAUUUUGUUCCGUAUUGUGGCACGACUCUAUAAGCUGGUUAUUAGUGGUACUUGGUCUACAGGUGACUCUCCAGUGCGUUGCUGGCUCUCCUUUCCGGCAUCAGCUCCGGUGAACGGCUAGAA